GGGGAGGAGUAGGCUGUGAUUAGCGCACCCACUGUGAGAGCUUUCUUCUAUUUAAUGGAGGGUCUCUCCGCUCAGGGGGAGUCAGAGCCAGCUCCCGGACCAGCAGGAGGAUGGCCGAGAAUCUGGGGCUGGGCUUCGGGGAAACAGCCAGUGUGGAAAUGCUGCCCGUGGAAGGCGGCUGCACGCCCAAGGCCAGAGCCAGGCUGGCAGCCAGGAGCAGCGCGCACUGGGCUCUCACCUGCUGCCUGGUAUCGCUCCCCAUCCUGGCAGGACUCACCACCUACCUGCUCGUGGGCCAGCUCCGGGCCCAAGGAGAUGCCUGUGUGUUCCAGACUUCAAAAGGACAAGAGUUUGGACCUUCACAUCAGCGAUCGUAUGCAUCUUCCGGAGCUGGUGGGGAUAAGCCAAGGGCACACCUGACAGUUGUCAGGCAAAGUCCCACACAGCCCUUGAAAAAUCAGUUUCCGGCUCUGCAUUGGGAACAUGAACUUGGCUUGGCCUUUACCAAGAACCGGAUGAACUAUACAAAUAAAUUCCUGGUGAUCCCAGAGUCGGGAGACUACUUUGUUUACUCCCAGGUCACGUUCCGAGGGACCACAUCUGAGUGUGGUGAAAUCCGCCAAGGGAACCGACCGAACAAGCCAGACUCCAUCAUCGUGGUCAUCACCAAGGUAACAGACAGCUACCCCGAGCCGACCCAGCUCCUAAUGGGGACCAAGUCCGUGUGUGAAGUAGGCAGCAACUGGUUCCAACCCAUCUACCUAGGGGCCAUGUUCUCCUUGCAGGAAGGGGACAAGCUGAUGGUGAACGUCAGUGACAUCUCUUUGGUGGAUUACACGAAAGAAGAUAAAACCUUCUUUGGAGCCUUCUUGCUAUAAGGGCAAGGUGGGCAUCCUCAUGUGAAGUCCUCUGCCUCGUAGUUCCUAAUUUUCUUCACUCAUAUGUAAUGAUAACAAGGGUUUGUUUUGUUUUGUUUUGUUUUGAGCAUUCCACAGAAACAGUGGCUUAGCUAUGAAAUUUGAGGCCCAAAAUUUCAUACUUUAUAUGCCUUAUUGGUGAGACUCUUAACCAGAAAAAGGCAGAACAGAGCAGACAUAGGACCGUGGUUGUCUGGAAAAGGGGUGAGUUUCUAAACACUGAGACACUGAUCACCAAACGAAUGGAGGUCUACUUGGAACAUUUCCACCCCUCCGAACCACACAUUGGUCACCAGUGGGCCCAAUUAUUGUGUGAUUUGAUCAUGAAACAUUUGCUUCAGUUCAGUAGGCCUUGAAAAAAAUCCAAAGCCCUAGAAAAUGGUGUAAACCCUAGAGCAAAAUCCUUCAUCUGUUUCUCCAAGCACAUACUUUAAUGCCUUGUUUUUUUAAAAAGAAGAGAAGAGAAGAGAAGAGAAAGAAGAGAAAAAAAAGAAAAGAAAAGAAAAGAAAAGGAAAGGAAAAAGAAUGCUGGUAUUUCCCAUGAACAUUUAAAAGAA